AUGAGUGCAAAUUACAGCUUAGAGUAGCUUUCAAAGUUUAAGUCUGACAAAUUAAGGCAAAUUAUUAUUUAAAUGCAAGAGGAGAGAGCAGACUAAGAUUAUUUAUACUAGCAAUCAAUUAAGCAUUUGGGAUAAUCAUACAAAGAUUAAGUAGAGACAUAAAAGGAAAUGAUAAAUGAGCUUUUAUAAUCAGAGGAAUCCUUAAAGAAAUAAGUGGACAUACUCACUUAGAAGUAUAACUUUCUAAAAUAGGAGUUCGAGAAAGUUAAAUAAAAAGAAACUAAACCCAUUCUGAAAAAUUAUUCAAAUAACUCUUAGAACUAGAAUCAAGUGAACUUCAAUAUUAAUUAAUAAUUAUUUAUAGAUGAAAAAGAGCUUAUAAAUAGCUGUAUCAUAGAGGAAGAAGAGGUAAAAGCUGAUGUUGAAGAAUAAUAUUAGAUUAAAAUAAAUUCAGUAAAUACCACACCAAGUAUUGAGGUCACUCCUUAGAAUAAUGAUCAGGACUUAAAAUCAGGAUAAUUCUUAACUUUUUCUACUUAGUAGCAAACGAUCACAAAAACAGGCAAAUCAGCAAAUAACAGAAGCAAUAAUGACUUUUUAUAUAAAUCUAUUUAAUCAAGCAAUUACUUGAUUAUUCCGCAAGAUGAAAACCAAGAAAAUAGCUAUGAAGAUUAAAAUAUUCAUCAUGAACCAGCUGAAAAAAUAACUUAUAUAAAAUCAAAUUUUAAUAAGUAAAAUUAAAGUGCAUAAAAGUCUCAAAAGAAUGAUAGUGCUUUAAAACGUGAUAAUUUACUUAAAAAACCCAGGUAAGCACCUCUAAUAGAAAGAAAAAAUAAUAUAAAAGAAAGUUUUGUCAUGCAGUAAAUUUAAGACGAAAAUCAUAAUUCUCAAUAUUACGCACCAAGUAUUAUUCAAAACUAGUUCCUGCUGAUUAGCAACUAAUUUAACAAUUAGCUUGUUGAAAACUCUCCUGUUUGUGAAUCUUAGAAUUCUACCUAAGUUGGGGAUUUAUUUUUUGAAGAUUUUUUUAUAAUUGGGCCUUCUUUAUCAGAACUUGAAACUAUUGCAUAAAAUCAUCCUUCAAUAACUGAAGAUACUGUAAAUCCAGAAAUUUAUGUUUGCUUUCCAGGAAAAACAAGCAGUGGCUAAAAUCAAAGACAAUCAUUGAAAAAUUUUUGCUAUCCUUUUAAUGUGAAUUUCCAAAAGCAUGAGGUGAAAAGUAUCCAUGAAGGAAAAGUUGAUGACAUCCUCAAUUUGCAAAUUUUUAAAAAUAAUUUCUCAAAGAAUAGUCCGAAUUCAUUUGUAUUUUCAAUGUUAGGAGAUACCUCUUAAGUUACUGAUACAUCUCAGUUAAACCCAGUACUUUUGAAUGCAAAUCCAAAUCUAUCACUUUACUUCAUUUGUCAUACCACUGAGAACUUUGUAACAGUUCCAGCAACACCAGGAGCAGGCAAGGAUGAAUAAAAUGCUGUUUAUUUAGUUCCAAUUACCUAUUGCUUUAUGACAUAUUAUCCAUUUAUCAGUCAUUUUUUAGACAUUAUCACUGAAAUAGCUAAUAAUAUCAAAAUAAAAAGAGCAAAUUAAUAUGCUAAUUAUUAUUAACAGUAAGAUUAAAAUAAAUGUUCUUAUUGUUAAAAUCCUCACAGCCAAAGAAACAGUGGAAAGAAAGAUUCGAAAACAGAUCUUUCACCUGUUAGAGAAAGAAUUUCAGAAAAUUCUUUCAGAGAUAGCAAUUCCACUUAAAACUCAGACAACAAUCGAAAGUUAAGCAACGAAUAAAAAUAACAAUGCACUUGCAGAAGAAAUAAAAAUAUUUUAACUAAAAUACUUGAGCUUGAUAUUGAAAAUGAGAUUCAAACUUUCCAAUCAGAGAGCUUUGCAAAUAUAAGAAAGGCAUUGCUAAAUUCUUAAAAGCAAAUUGUAGAAUAUUAAGGAGAUUUGAGGUUUAAAUUUAGAAAUAACAAUGAAUACACAUUGAAAAACUACAUGGUACCUGCUUAGAAUAGAAUUGUUUAAAUAGAAACAGAGUGGGGAGCUUGUUUGGCGAUGUCAUGUCUACCACUUGAAGAUUUCCUCUUCAUAUUCACUGCUAUUGCACUUGAAAAAAAAAUGAUAUUCUUUUCUUCAAACAAAUCACUCCUUACAAGCGUAAUUCUCACGUUCUAUUCUAUAUACAAACCAUUUACAUAUGUAUUUCCUGUUAUAUUUAAUUUGCCAGUUGAAAUGCUUGGAAUGCUUGACGCUCCUGUGCCUUUUAUUAUUGGUAUAAAUAAAGAUAGUUCCUUCAAAGAUGAAUUAGAGUAGAGCGGAAAUGAUUUAUCAGAUAAAUUAAUAGUAGAUCUUGAUCGUCAAGUUAUCAUAUGCACAGACGAAAGCAGUAAUUAAGUAGAAAAGAAUAUUCCAUAGUUUAUAAGUCGCUAAAAAGAGAUUAUUGAAAACUACUAUUUAAUUAAUCCUCGUAGUUCUAACAGAUUUAAAUUUUUAAGCUCUUCACUCAAAAGAAAAAACUCUAUCUACAAUCAAAAAAGUUAAACUUAAAAUCAAGAAGAUGAGCUUUUGUAUUAAGUUACAGAUGAAUAAUAUAAUUCCAUGAGCUUGUUUUUAGAAAUAAUAAGAUCUUGCUUAGAGAAAUACUUUAUCCAGACACUUCCAUCAAAUUAGAAAUACUAAAGAGAUGUUAGAUAAAUCUAAAACAUAGUCUAUAGCAAAUCUAAAGAUGAUUGUGAUUUUAUUUAAGAAUUUUUAAAAACUCAAUCUUUUACAGCUUAUGUAGAAAAUAUUUAUUUAAAUACUCCUAGUAAUUGA